AUGGCUUCGAGCUUCCUGGAGGCACCUGCAUCGUUACGACUGCGACAAGUCUCUGAGCCCCGCAACUCUCGGCCUUUGGCCGCGAACCCGAACCACCACCAGGCGCUGCUGUCAUUUUCAAUCAACGACAUCGACUUGUCGUGCGUCCACAGCCAGGCCGGUUCUUCGCCUGUCCAACAUGUCGGAACUCCAUCUGGCUCGAAUGCGACCAUGGGCCUGUAUCAAUCAAGUGAUAUCAGCGAUCUCGACGACGAUCCCUUCUUUGGCGCCAACAUUGGCAACAUCGACCCCGCGACAGCGUCCUGCCUGGACGGAGCUGCUUGGGACCCCGACGCCUUCUCCGCCAACAAUCUUUCAACACCAGACCUCGGAAGUGAAGUUGGGAACGGAUUUGCUUAUCCUCUCACGCCCACACACACAGCACCCAUGCAUGCCAGCUCCCCUACAUGUGACCUCAAGGACCUCGGCCUGGCAGCAACCUCCUCCACAGAGGUCAUUCCAACCUCCGUUUCGCCGCAACAACUACAGAAGCCCUUUUCAUCCCACUCCGCUUUUGUCAACUCGUCAGCCAUCACCCCAAGUCACAGCGGUAGCAACCGUACCAGUGAAGAAGGCCUUGCCCCCGCUUUCGUGGCCCUGCAUCCUCAGAGCCCGAGAGUAACGGUGUCGGUCUGGGACAAGGAUAAUGACGCACCCCUCCACACGGUUGAGCGGACCCUGGAAAACAGCCCCAGAACUCUCCGCAGCAGCUACCACUCCGCCGGGGAUCUCAUCUGUGCGGCCCGUCAUGGGAUUCAAGUUUCAGGGCCUCGGAAUUGCCUCCAUCGCUCGCCGCAGUCAUCUGCUGGAUCGGGACGAGCUGGAUUAGAUCCCGCAAGUCGUUGUUCCGGUCAAGUAUCCAGCAUUAACCAAAUUGCCUCGCAGCGAGAAAUGGAGCAACGAAACCAGCAGGUUGGUCGAUGGCUGUCACACAACCUCGACCAUGUUGCUAUUCCCCUGGAAAAGUCGGCGCAAGAGAUACUGGCAAUUGACAGCCCUAGAGACGAUGACAACGACAUUCCUCUUGGAGAUCAAACGGAAAAUCGCUACGUCCCGGGACACACAUAUUUCGAGGGCGCUGGAGGCGAAAUUACUCUUGUGGAUCGGCAAAUCAUCGCCUCCAAUAGAAACUGGGCCGACGCUCCGAUGAUUCACGGCAUCCAGCCGGCCGAGUCCGGUAGGUUUCAACCAGAGUCUUCCCAGGCAGCUAUUGCAAGAUUCGAGAUGUUGUGCCGCGACAACGAUUCAAUACUUUCAAGGUCUGCAACCUGGGGCACACGCCGUCGCAGUUUUCCGAGCGUUCUUGACGCUGAAGGCGUGACGAGCGGGAAUUUUUUGAAAAAGCUAUCCAUUAGCCGCGGCAACGGAGAAAAGCCAAGUAGAUCUAGCAGCUUUUUCAAGGACCUUCGAGGCCUCGUCACGCGGACUGGCGGAAAUCAGCUGCGGAAAAGAUCGCGCAGCCGCUCUCGAGGCCUCUCGAUUGGCGGCCAAGAUGAAAACACAACUUGCCUGGAAGAGCCCAUCAACCCGGCCAAGCGCGACAGCGGUCCGCAUCUAUCACCUCCCUUGGAGCCAGCGGUUGCUGGGAAGAAGCCCACCCCGAGCAUAAACACCACACUCGUCUCGAUGGGCCAAAAUUUUGCAUCCAUGCUGACUAGCCACUCACGCAGUGGCUCUGUUAGCGGUACGUCUCCGAUAGCCUCUCCAAGAGCGUCACUCGGCGGCCUCGGCGUGAGGAAUUCCUUGCGGAGACCUCGCAGCAAAUCCGAGAUUCCCAAACCGACAGCUGGUAGGCCUACAAUGGAAAGCACGUCGAGCCUUGUGGACAUGUGGCGCAAGUCUGGCGGCCCUCCAGUUGCCCCUGUGAGCAGAGUGAGCCAUGCUCCUGCAGCGGGUGACGAUGAGGACGAGGAUGAGGAUGACGAGCUCUACGAGGACAACGACAUGACAGCCAACUGCGGCAUGAUCGACGACAUAACACCGGACUUGGCGGGAUUCCGACAACAUGUGCUGGCGCUGAAUCCGGGGAUGGAAACUGCCAACGGAUACCUGGUCGACCGAAUCGCACAUCAACAAAUCGCGAGGUACAAACACCUGCUGAAGGCCAGAGCGGAGCACCUUGGCCUGGGCUCAUUGUGCAUGGCGCUCGGCGGAUCGGCAAACAUGCUCGACCUCAAUGGAGAUGCCAAGGGCUUUGACCCUCUCUCGGCCGGGAUGGAUGAUGUCGGAGAUCUACACGCAGAAGUGGCGAUAAGUCAGGAGAAUUUUCCUCAAGAUAUUCCCAUGCCACCCACCCAAAGUCUGCCAGCAGUGUUUGAGUGCCACCUUUGCUUUCAGAAGAAGAAGGUACGGAAGCCGUCUCAGUGGACAAAACAUGUACACGAAGACGUGCAACCAUUUACCUGCACCUGGGACAAGUGUCGAGAUCCGAAAAUAUUCAAGAGGAAAGCUGACUGGGUUCGACAUGAAAAUGAAGGCCACCGGCAUCUGGAAUGGUGGACGUGUGACGUAGACGACUGUCGCCAUACAUGCUACCGCAAAGACAACUUCCUGCAGCAUUUGGUGCGUGAGCACAAGUUUUUGGAGCCGGCGGUGAAGACGAAGGCAGCCAUGAAACGUGCUGGGGGCAUGGAUCCUACGUGGCAAAAGGUUGAAAAAUGCCAUGUCGAAACCGCCGAUCGGCCUCAAGACGAGCCUUGCCGCUUCUGUGGCGAGACUUUCCCGACAUGGAAAAAGCUUACGGUGCACCUGGCGAAGCACAUGGAGCAAAUCUCGCUCCCUGUCUUGCGCCUGGUAGCCGCCAGAGCUAAGGAGCUGGCUGCCGACACCAACAUCAGUCCCGUUCAGGACCCUGCAGCGCGGCAAAACAAUCCGCUGCCUUUGCAAUCGUCCGCCACUACAGCUGCAGCCCAGCUACUCGGUGGGCACCUCACCCAGCAGCAGCAGCAACGACAUGACUACAACCAACAGGAUUUGGGCCUUCACUCACCCAGCCAACUCAUGUAUCCUGCCAUGCCACUAGGCCAGUUCCAGCAACCGCACUUUUACCAGCAGCAGUUUGAGAGCCUCGGACAAGGCAUGCAAUAUUCGGACGUAAGCAUUGGGCAACUGAACCAGGGACACGACGCAAAUCAGCGGCUGCAUGGAGUGUCCUCAAACGAAGAAGGCACCUACUCACCGUCGGGCCACGGUUUAGUGAACGUGCCGGAGAGUGAUGUUGAGCCAUUCCCGCAACUGACACUGAGCGCACCCGGAUUGCCCGACGUUGGCGCCAUGCCAAUACGUGGCCAGCUUGGGGUUCAAGCUGGAUAUGGCACGAUGCUGGACCCAUCGAGCGUUGAUGGUAGUCCUUUUAGUGAACACGAGUCUCUUUCUACGUAUUCCCGGUCACCGCGUCAAGACACGUCAAGCAACAGCUCAGGCUGGCAGCAGCAGCAACAUCUAUGGAACGAAAGACAUUUAUACAUGUAG